AUGGCCCUCCCUUAUCAUAUUUUUCUCUUUACUGUUCUCUUACUCCCUUUCACUCUCACUGCACCCCCUCCAUGCUGCUGUAUGACCCGUAGCUCCCCUUAUCAAGACUUUCUAUGGAGAAUGUGGCUUUCUGGAAAUAUUGAUGCCCCAUCGUAUAGGAGUUUAUCUAAGAGAACCCCCACCUUCACUGCCAACACCCAUAUGCCCCGCAACUGCUAUAACUCUGCCACUCUUUGCAGGCAUGCAAAUACUCAUUAUUGGACAGGGAAAAUGAUUAAUCUUAGUUGUCCUGGAGGACUUGGAGCCACUGUCUGUUGGACUUACUUCACCUAUACCAGUAUGUCUGAUGCGGGUGGAGUUCAAGAUCAAGUAAGAGAAAAACAAGUAAAGGAAAUAAUCUCCCAACUGACCUGGGUACAUAGCACCCCUACCCUGUACAAAGGACUAGAUCUCUCAAAACUACAUGAAACUCUCCGUACCCAUUCUUGCCUGGUAAGCAUAUUUAAUACCACCCUCACUGGGCUCCAUGAGGUCUUGUCCCAAAACCCUACUAACUGUUGGAUGUGCCUGCCCCUGCACUUCAGGCCAUACAUUUCAAUCCCUGUACCUGAACAAUGGAACAACUUCAGCACAGAAAUAAACACCACUUCCAUUUUAGUAGGACCCGUUUCCAAUCUGGAAAUAACCCAUACCUCAAACCUCACCUGUGUAAAAUUUAGCAAUACUAUAGACACGACCAACUCCCAAUGCAUCAGGUGGGUAACUCCUCCCAUACGAAUAGUCUGUUUACCCUCAGGAAUAUUUUUUGUCUGUGGUACCUCAGCCUAUUGUUGUUUGAAAGGCUCUUCAGAAUCUAUGUGCUUCCUCUCAUUCUUAGUGCCCCUUAUCACCAUCUACACUGAACAAGAUUUAUACAAUCAUGCUGUACCUAAGCCCCGCAACAAAAGAGUACCCAUUCUUCCUUUUGUUAUCGGAGCAGGAGUGCUAGACAGACUAGGUACUGGCACUGGUGCUAUCACAACCUCUACUCAGUUCUACUACAAACUAUCUCAAGAACUAAAUGGUGACAUGGAACGGGUCGCCAACUCCCUAGACACCUUGCAAGACCAACUUAACUCUCUAGCAGCAGUAGUCCUUCAAAAUCGAAGAACUUUAGACUUGCUAACUGCCGAAAGAGGAGGAACCUGUUUAUUUUUGGGGGAAGAAUGCUGUUAUUAUGUUAAUCAAUCUGGAAUUGUCACCGAGAAAGUUAAAGAAAUUCGAGAUUGAAUACAACUUAGAGCAGAGGAGCUUCAAAACACUGGACCCUGGGGCCUCCUCAGCCAAUGGAUGCCCUGGAUUCUUCCCUUCUUAGGACCUCCAGCAGCUAUAAUAUUGCUACUCCUCUUUGGACCCUGUAUUUUUAACCUCCUUGUUAAGUUUGUCUCUUCCAGAAUCAAAGCUGUAAAAUUACAAAUCGUUCUUCAAAUGGAACCCCAGAUGCAGUCCCUGACUAAGAUCUAUCGCGGACCCCUGGACCGGCCUGCUAGCCCAUGCUCCGAUGCUAAUGACAUCGAAGGCACCCCUCCCAAGGAAAUCUCAACUGCACAACCCCUACUAUGCCCCAAUUCAGCAGGAAGCACUUAG